UUAUUGUGAUGUAGUGACACUAUAUGAAAAGCUACUUAUUGCAAAAAAAGGUAAUUUAUUUCAUGUAUUACAUUAAAAUGUCAUAUGAAGCCACAGAAUACUCUGAAUGAUUGCUAGCGCGACAACCGACGUGACAAACGACGUAUUAUGCGAGAACGACUAUCUUACGUGAGCUACAAAAGUUUGGAACUUGCGUUUUUGUUAUCAGACUAUAUUUUGAUUAGCUCCUUUAUCUGCGGUAAUGACAUAUCUACGUUAGGCAUUAGGACAUGUACGAAACGCAUCAACCUCAAGGAGGCACUUUGAAAGGCGAGAGCUAUGUCAGCCUUACCUGUAAUGAUUGGUGUGAACCUGUAAAUGUCAUCACUUACGUUUCUCGAAAAGAAUCAUUGUCUGUGCAACAAGUUGCUGUUCAUCCCACCCAAAAGAAGCUUUCACGCUUCAGCCAACGCACAGGAGAUGAAUCGAUUAAAGCUCUUUCAGAUUGAAAGUACUUGGUUUUCUCUGGAUCGG